AGCGGCUGCGCGCUGCGGGGGGAGCCGGCGUGGGCUCCGCGGAGGGGGAUCUCCUUUAAAACCCCAGACCGGGACUGGUGAGAGUCUCAUCGGUCUGUAGGAGCCGUUUACACCGCAGUCUCAGCCCGGAUCAGCCCGGUUUCAGCCCGGAUCCCCGGUCUAUGGUUCUAUGGUUCUAUGGUUCUGAUCCAGCCUCCCAGCAAGAUGUCCCGAACCGACGAGGUCCACCGCAUCACGGAGAACGUGUAUAAGUCCAUCAUGGAGCAGUUUAAUCCGUGUCUCAGGAACUUCAUCGCCAUGGCCAAGAACUACGAGAAGGCGAUUAACAGGGACGUUCUGUUCCAGAUGGCUGAGGUUCACCGACAGAUCCAGAUCCAGCUGGAGGAGAUGCUCAAGUCGUUCCACAACGAGCUGCUGACGGAGCUGGAGAAGAAGGUGGAGCUGGACGCUCGUUACCUGAACGCAGCGCUGAGAAAGUACCAGAUGGAUCACAAGGGCAAAGGCGAGAGCCUGGACAAGUGCCAGGCGGAGCUGAAGAAGCUUCGCAGGAGGAGCCGGCACGGAUCCAAGCACGGAGACAAGGAGGUGCAGUACGUGGAAGCUAACGUCGGCGGGAAGCAGAGCGACCUGAGCAGCUGCAUCGCCGAGGGCUACAAGAACGCUCUGUCGGAGGAGAGGAGGCGGUACUGCUUCCUGGUGGACCGGCAGGGCGCUAAGAACAGCAGCGGCUACCACGGCAAGGGGCAGGAGCUUCUCCCCCAGAAGAUGUGGCCCCAGGCCUGCGUGGACCCGGCUAGACUACCGGACCACGCCCUGUUCCUGGCCCAGCAGAUGAGCGGAGCCGCUAGCAUCCUGCCUCACCACUUCCCUAAACCGGGCUCCGGUUCCAAGCCCCUGCCAGGCCCGCUGGACCUGGUGGCCAUCAGGGCCGGCGGCGCGAUGGGCCAGCAGAGGCUGAUGGGAGCCGUGGAAGGAGGGAUGCCGGUGAUAGACGGAGGUGAAGAUUACCAGCAGUGGGCGGAGAAGAAAUCAGCUCAGGCCAAAGCGUCGCCGCCGUCCCAGCGCUACGGGUCCGAGGGAUUCUCCAACACGCUGCCGGUGCGCAAGGCAGCGCCGGCCAAGAGCAAGAGCUCGCUGAAGGAGACGCGAACGCUGCCGCGCUCCAGCUCCAUGGCGGCGGGUCUGGAGAGGAACGCGAGGGUUCGAGUCCGGGCGCUCUUCUCCCACGCGGCCGGAGACAACAGCACGCUGCUCAGCUUCGCCGAGGGCGACGUGGUCACCCUGCUGGUGCCCGAGGCCCGAGACGGCUGGCACUACGGGGAGAGUGAGAAGACCCGGAUGAGGGGCUGGUUUCCCUUCUCCUACACCCGCCUGAUCUCGGAGAGUCGGAGAGACAUGAGGCUCGGAGUUCACAACCUCCAUCACGGGAAGAGCAGCAGCACCGGGAACCUCCUGGACCGAGACGACGGGUCGUUCCCCGUCAGUGACUACGUCCUGCACCACCACAUGGUGGCGCUGCACGGCGGUGGUGGUGGUGGUGUUGGUGUUGGGGGGCAUCGGCCCUACGGGACGGCAGCGCCGGCUUUCUCACAGUCGGGAGGAGAAGAAUACGAGCAGCACUUCCUCACAAGCUCCACAGACGGCAAGUUGAUCUCCACGGUGUGAGGACGGACCUUCAUCUUCCUCCUCCUCCUCCUCUUCCUCCAGCUGAAGCCAGUCCACCCCCAACCUGAACGGAUCCACGUGAUGGACAUUUUCCCUGAGGGAAAUCCUUCCUUCAUGCAUGUACUGUACAUUUAUUUAUUUAUUUAUGCACGUCCCUGGGAUUUAUAUUUCCUCGCAAAGAUUUCCACAAAUGUAAAAGUCAUUAGAAAUGACUAGAAAUGUCUAGAAAAAUGUAAAUUUGUCCUGUGAAAUCAAAGUUGUUUGAUCCCGGAGAGGAUUUUCAUAAUGUAAAAACAUUAAAACUGGAUUUUUCAGUAUGUAAUGAUUCUACAUUUCCAUGCUGUGAAGUUUUGUAUUCCUCUGAUGGAAGAGUUAGUAGAAAAGAUAAAGGUUUCGGCGUCUGAGACGCAGAAAAUACACAGAAGAGAUUAUUAUAUAGUAUCUAUGAUCAGUUCAGGAGAAUAAAACACCUUUGUGAAGUUAUAUAUACUUAUAUAUACUUAUAUAAACCUGUAAGAAAUAAAAGUGAACAACAUGAUUACGA